AUAAAUAAGAAAUUGUUAAACGGAUGUGGUUGAUUGUGAAAUACUACAUCCUCCAAGAAAUAUGGGCUUUUCAAACAGCAGUAACAUUUAUGAAAUUGUUUUAGUUGGUUUCCCAAACUUGCAGCAAUUCAGUAUGUUUCUCUUUCUGUCGCUCCUUUGCAUCUACUUAUUCAUCAUUGCUGCCAACAUUAUUAUCUUCUUUGUAAUCCAGCGACAACCCUCACUACACAAUCCCAUGAACUUUUUCAUCGCGGUGUUAUCAUGCUUGGAUAUUUGUUAUACGUCCGUAACCAUUCCAAAAAUGUUGGCUGAUCUUCUGGAUGAAGAGAAGAAGAUCUCCUUCCCUGGAUGCAUCCUACAGGCUUACGUGGUACAUUCAUUAGGAGCUUCUGAGUGUUACAUCCUCACAAUUAUGGGCUAUGAUCGUUAUUUGGCCAUCUGUAAACCGUUACAAUACUCAUCUAUCAUGACUACCAGGAUUUGUAUUUUUUUUUUGGUCGUUGACUGUUUUGUUGGAGGAUUUUUAAUCCCAUUAAUUGAAGUUGUUUUAAUAUCUCCUCUUCCAUUUUGUGGUCCAAACCGUAUUGAAAAUGUCUUCUGUGACUUCCUUCCCUUGCUCUCCUUAGCAUGCACAGAUACAAAGUUCUAUAUAAUGGUUGAAUUUUGCAUCGCCCUCUUCAUACUGUUGAUAAUAUCACUCCCUUUAAUCCUCUUUUCUUACAUCAGCAUAAUCCAUGUUAUUCUAAAGAUGAAAUCCAAAAUUGGGCGCAGAAAGGCAUUUUCCACCUGCGGAGCCCAUCUUAUGGUAGUUACACUGUUUUUUGGCAGUGCUGCUUUCAUUUAUGUACGAGUUUCAGAAAGUUCCUUUGUAGACUUCGAUAGGACUGUUAGCCUCACCUAUGCUGUAUUCACUCCAUUAGCCAACCCUGUCAUAUAUGGUUUAAGAAAUCAAGAAAUUAAAAAAUCUAUUUAAAAAUAUAUAUGCUUUCCUUAAUG